GAAAUUAUAUUUGUCUUUUCUAUGAACUAAGUCGAUAAAAGGGAAUAAAUGGCAGAGAAAGAAGAAGGUGUCGAGCUGCCAGCACCCAUCACAGCUACAUCCGGCCAGAUUAAAGCCAUUUCCAAGGAUAUACUGUGCAUAAAAUAUGCUCUGGCCAGGUGGUGCUCAGUCUGGCUGUGGCUGUCAAGGAGUUAGUGGAGAACUCCAUCGAUGCAGGGGCUACACUGGUGGAGAUUAAGAUGAAGGAUCAGGGACUGCAAGGCGUCGAGGUCAGUGAUAAUGGCAGCGGCGUGGUGGAGGCCAAUCUGGAGGCAAUGACUGCAAAGUAUCACACAUCGAAAAUAAGGGAAUUCGUUGACCUGCUGGGAGUGGAAACGUUUGGAUUUCGUGGGGAAGCACUCAGUUCCCUCUGCGCCCUGUCCGACAUGGCCAUUCAGACGCGCCACCAGUCCACCGAUGUUGGUCUCAAAGUGGAGCUCGACCACGAUGGCAAGAUCAAGAAGCGCUCGCCUUGUGCCCGCGCUGUAGGCACCACCCUUACCAAUCUGUUUAGUACCCUGCCCGUGCGUCGGCGCGACUUUACGCGCAACAUCAAGAAGGAGUUCGCCAAGAUGUGUCAGAUCCUGCAGGCCUACUGCCUGGUGACCAAAGGCGUGCGCAUCAUCUGCAGCAAGGGCGCCAAGACGGUGGUUCUGCAAACACAUGGCGCCCAGGAUGUGCUGGCCAACAUAUCCGCGAUAUUUGGGGCACGCCAAGUGGCCGACAUUGUGCCGCUAAAGUCCCCUUUCGAAAAGGGCCAACCGAGCGAGGUCGGACUAUGGGCUGAGCUAGAGUCCUCCGCGGAUGCAGAUGACACGACUUGCACACAGUUCAGCGCCGAGGAUGUGGAGCGGCUGAACCAGGCCGACUUCCGACUGGAGGGCUCUAUAUCCAGCUGUCGCCAUGGGGCAGGCCGCUCCAGCAGAGAUCGCCAGUUCUUCUUUGUCAACGCCAGACCCUGCGAUCCCAAGAAUAUAGCCAAAGUCAUCAACGAGACCUACCAUCGCUACAACGUCCAGCAGCAGCCUUUCAUCUACCUCAACAUUAUCACGGCCCGCUCCGACGUGGACGUUAACCUAACCCCCGACAAGCGCCAACUGGUGCUCAACAACGAGAGGAUUCUGCUGCUGGCCCUGAAUAAGUCUCUGCUGAAGACCUUUGUGCAGACACCAUCCACAUUCCAAAUGCAGAACACAACCAUUGUGAGCAUGCUGGAGCCAAGGCCGAAGCCCCAGCCCGAGGAUGCUAGCAAGGCCAGCGAGGAGAAGGAUGAAGAGGAAGACGUUCCCAUCAGCUCCUCUCAGCGUUUCAUGGAUGUGCUCACCCAGUGGCGCCGCACUCAGGGCACUGCUCCGUCCGCUCCGAUCAAGCGGCGGUGUGCCGAAAGCGAGGAGUUGGCCACCCGCUCCAUGAAAAUGCAAAAGAUCCAGGAUUUCCUCAGCCAAGAUUCGCCCAAACACCAGAGUUCAAAAGGCGAUUCAGUAUCGGAGGAGGAUGUUGUCGAUCAGCCGCCAAAGCCGACCAAAGAGCAGGCCAAUCUGGAUGAGAGUUUCUUGAACCUCAAGGAGCUGGAGACGGAGUCAAAGGCCUACGACCUGUUGACGCAGCCAGCCAAGGCAGCCCGCAUUGACUGCAAGGUCUUGACACCAAUAAAAAGUCGCCUAAGUAUUGCAGAGCCCAAGCCAGAACCCGCCGGUAGCUCCCAGGGCUCCCAGGAAACUGUCAGCACCAUGGAUCAGAGCGAUGAUGACGAUCACAUCGAGCUGCCCACGCGCAUUGAGUUCGAUGGCGGCGACGACGGUGGCGAGGGCAAGCCGCCAGCUAACUACAAAAGCGGCGAGCUGCGGACCACAAUCGAGGAGAUUGCAGACAGCCUAAGGAAAGAAGAGCAGCAGCAGAAGGAGCGCAGAACGAGGGCUAAGCUGCAGCGCCUGCGCUUCAAAGGCGAAAUCAACCCAAGUCAGAACAACAAGGCGGAAGACGAACUGCAGAGGGAGAUCGCCAAGGAUGACUUUGCCCGCAUGGACAUUAUUGGGCAGUUCAACCUGGGCUUCAUCAUUGUCAAGCUGCAGGACGAUCUAUUCAUUGUUGACCAGCACGCCUCGGAUGAGAAGUACAACUUCGAGACACUUUAACGAAGCACCCAGUUCGAGUAUCAGCGUCUGACUGAGUCCUUGGAGCUGACGGCGGUCAACGAGAUAUUGCUCAUCGACCAUCUGCCAGUGUUCGAGAAGAAUAGCUUUAAAUUUGAGAUCAAUCAUGAGGGUGAGUGGCCAUCGGCCAUAUGUAUGCGGAUAAAAUGAUAAAUGUAGCCCCCCAAUCUCACCGGCUCCUAUGAAGAACGGCAUGGGCCCGACACCGAACUGAUAGAAGAAUAUGUACAGGAAGAUGCAGCAAAUGCAGCCCAUGGCAAACCAGCUAAAGCUCUCCUGAAAGAACCGCACACAUUAGUUCCGAGACUCGGGGAUUCGAAGGCCACUCACAAUGAAGUAGAGCAUCAUGGCGAAGAGAAAUAGGCAUACGGCGCAGAAGAAGGUGGAGAAGAGCAUCAGCGGGCGACGAUUCACGCGCUUCAACAGGACCGGACCCACCAUCGAUGUGGCCAGAUUGAGGGAUCCAGCACCCAGAUUGGCCCACUCCGCCGCCUGCGUAGACAGCCCUGCCUUACGGAAUACGGAGACAGAAUAGAAGAAUAUCUGCAAGGCAAGAGAACAUUAAUGAUGCGCGAAAGAUGCUGCAGGAUAGCACCCACCGCAUUGAUACCCGACAGCUGCUGGCCACCAAGAAACGCGCAAACAAUGAUGAGUGGAAGGCGCAGACGGGGAUUGCGCAGCACUUCCAUGAAUCCACUAGCCUCCACCUUGGCCGAUGCCUCCAGCUCCAUUUCGUUUAGCUCCGCCUGCAGAGCCGCGCUGUCCGAGGAAUAGCCCCGCAACUGCUGGAGCUGUUGUCUGGCCUCCUCCUUGCGGACCUUGACUAUGUAAAGCCACUUGGGGCUCUCGGGAUAACACCGGAAUUGGGCAUAGCAGAGCAGUACCAGCAGCGCAAAAAAGGACCGCAAAAAAGGAUGUGCCACCGAUCUGCCCCCCCGAAAAGCGACUGUAGGCUGCAGAUCUGGGCUACCACCACGCCUGCGGUCAGGCCCAUUGCGCAACACGGAGACAGAGUACUUCUCUGGGAGAGGGCGGCCAGUUCGCUGUGGUACAUGGGCAUGAAGGCGGUGACGAGCCCCCCCGCCAGCCCCACGAGCAAUCGGCCCAGGAGCAGCAGCUCCACGGAAACCAACAAGCGGCAUACAGCGAAGCAGACGGCACCAAGGGCGAGUAGCAUACCGCAUAUGUAGAAGCACCCGCGGCGUCCAAAGCGGUUGGCGGUGGAUGCGCCCGUCAUAGAACCGAUGGCUCCACCCACCAGAAAGAUGGAAACGACGGCCGACCAGAGCCACUCCAGGCCCGAGGCUCCCAGGUGAAGAUCAUAUCGCGCAAUCAGAGUUUCGUUGCACCAGGAGCGCAUGUGCUCGGAAGGAUAACGGUUUAGGAUUAUGGAACCUCCAAGUAGAGAGCUCCUCUUACCACGGCGGGGCUGUUCAUGACCCCAGUGCAGUAGCCCACGGGCAAGGCUGCUCCAAUCGAGGAUCCAACGCAAGCCAAAUUGAGGGAAAAGCUCCAUUUGGGCUGAUCCUGCUGGAAGGAUUCGCCGGCCUAGUGAAUAAAGCUAUUCAUCCAAGAAUUUGCUCAUCUCA